UUAAUGUGUUUUCCGUUUUGUUAAUUUGGUUUGGGUUUUGUUAAUUUGGUUUGGGUUUUGUUAAUUUGGUUUGGGAUUUGUUAAUGUGUUUUCCGUUUUGUUAAUUUGGUUUGGGUUUUGUUAAUUUGUUUUGCACUUCCCGGCCACCGUAGAUAUAGUUUGUGAAAGGAAACUUACCGAUCAUUGGACAAGACGACUGACGACUGUCAUUAAAGAUAUACAGGUGAAUGAAAGGUGUCUCAUCCGAUGAUGGAUGGAUAUAUUUCAGCUCCAGUGUUUACUACAUCUCUAAUGUAGCUAAGAGCUGGCCUGAGAGCAGACAGAACUGCACAGAGAGAGGAGCAGGCCUGGUGGUCAUAAACAACAAAGAGGAACAAGAGUUCAUCAGUAAAUCGCUGUGCAGUAGAAAAGCCUGGAUUGGUCUAAAUGACAGAGACACUGAGGGAGUGUGGAAGUGGGUAGAUGAUACACCACUGACCACUAGGUAUUGGGGACGUGGUGAACCGAACGGUAAACUUUAUGAGGACUGUGUCAUCACAGGUGAAUUUUCUGAUGCUGUCUGGACCUGGGCUGAUUAUCCCUGUGAUCAUAAGUUUAUCUGGAUCUGUGAGAAGACAGUCGCAUUCAACUGAAUUUACAUUGUUACAUAAUUGUGUCUGAAAAAUCCUCACCAUCAUAAUGUUGCCUGCUUUUCUAUUUUUCAUUCAGCAGCGAUAUGGAAGCAUGAAUGUGGUUUAAUAUAAUCAAUCGUUUUGUUCUGUGAUGACAGUGACUCGGUACACUUAAUGUUAUAUCCUCCCUUCUGUUGGCUUUCUUCUCUGUCCUUUAUUUUGUUUUUAUUUGUAUACAUGCUACAAGAUCACAGAGAAAGAAACACAGAAAAAGAAUCAAGUGUCAUUUGUCUCUGCUUGGUUAGUGGCUGCCUUUUAUCUAUGAAACACUAUUGUAAAGCAUUAUACUAAAACAAUAUACUGAUCCAUUUAUGAAAUUAUGAAGGUUUAAUUGUUUUAUUCCUUACUUGAAAAGCAUUUUUUUCAUAUGUUAAAAAAAAGGCUCAACACUCCACCUAAUCCAGUCAAUCAAAUACAAUUUCAGUGACAGUGCAGUGAAAAUAGAAUGAUGUAUGAUAUAACAAUGUGUUAAAUGAAAUAAUUUUUGUCCUUGUCAAUCCUUGUCAUCUGUCGUCAUCUGUCUUCCUAUGUCUUCCUGUGUCCUAG